CUCCCUCUCCGUCUCUCUCUUCCGGAGAAUAGCAGCAUUGACGAAGAUGAGCUGAUGAAUUCCCUUCCUCCGCAUCACAUCGCCACUAUUUCAGUUUAUUCGUAGCGAUCAAAUGGCGUCCAACAUUCUGCUGCAGGUUCCAAGAAAAAUUUGGAAUUCGGAUUCCAAAGUGACCAAUGCCCAACAGAGAUCUAAUCCCUCAAGCUCACAAAGUUUCACGACCAAGCUUUCUUGUUUCCACUCUCUACUGCCGUCUUGCGCCACCCUCAAACAGCCCCGUUGUGAAGCCAAGCAAAUCCACGCCCAGAUAAUCGUCACUGGCCUGUAUCCUCGUCAUCAAGUUCUCCAAGCCAUCUUUGGUAGCUAUGUAAAAUCCGGGGAUCUGUCCUCUGCCCGCAGCCUAUUUGAUGAAAUGCCUGUGAAAAACACAUAUGUCUGGAACUUAAUGAUUCAAGCUUAUUCUGAUAAUGGGGACUCGUUAAGUGUCGUUCUUUUAUAUCGAAACAUGCUUGUUGAUGGUGCUUGUGCUGAUCAAUUUACUCUUCCUUGCGUUUUGAUGUCAUGCGUGUCCCUCGACGGUGGGGUUUCAUUGGGAAAACAGAUUCAUGGGCAUGUUUUCAAACUUGGGCUGCAUUCAGAUGUGUAUGUAGGCAACUCUUUGAUGAACAUGUAUGGGGAUUUCAAGAUGUUUGGUGAUGCAAGGAAUGUUUUUGGAUGUCUGCCUCUCAGGAACGUUGCUUGUUGGACCACACUUGGUCGGUUGCAUGUGGCAGAGGGCAGACCAAGAUUAGCGAUUGAAGUGUUUCAUCAAAUGGAACUUGAAGGAUGGGAGUUUGAUCCCGUGGCUGCCAUUACCAUGCUUGGUGCAUGCAGACAACUAGGAUCAGCUUACAAUGGGAGAAAAGUUCAUGAGCAUAUAAGGAGAACUGGUCUGGAAUCGGAUCUGAGAGUUGGCAAUUCUCUCGUGACGAUGUACAUUGACUGUGACAGUCUUGAUGAUGCACGCGCAGCUUUUGAUCAGAUUAAGUUUAAAAAUGUUGUGUCAUGGACGACAAUGCUUGGUGGAUACAUUAAAAAUGGCAGCUUCAACGAAGGGCUAAAACUCUUCAUGGAGAUGCAACUUGAGGGAAUCAGACCAGAUGCGCUAUCUAUUUCCAGUGUACUGCCUGCAUGUGGAAGGAUCACAGCAUGCACUAAUGGGCAAGAAAUCCACUGUUAUGCAAUUAAAAAUGGGUUUGACGCGCAGCUUGCAUUGAAGAAUGCCGUCAUUGACAUGUAUGUGAAGUCUGGGAGAAUUGACUAUGCAUCUAAAGUAUUUUCAACUAUGGCUACUAAGGAUGUGGUAUCCUGGACUGUGAUGAUUGCAGGUUAUAGCUUACAUGGUCAAGGAGAGCUAGGUAUUGAACUCUUCCAAGAGAUGAAGAAUACAAAUGUCCAGCCCGAUCAGAUUACUUAUACAGCUGUUCUUUGUGCUUGCUGUGUUGCACGCAGAGUGGAGGAAGGUCUUCAUUAUUUCAAAUGUAUUGCGACACCAAAAGUUGAACAUUGGGCUUGUGUGGUUUACCUUCUUUCUUGUGCUGGCAAAUUUGGAGAGGCUCAAGCUUUCAUUCAAGAUGCCCGAAUUGGAAAAUAUGCUUCUGUUCAAAGGGCUCUUCUCAAUGGGUGUAGGAUACAUGGAAAGAAGCAGUUGGGUAGGUGCAUAGCUGAGUUGCUAACUGAACUGGAAACAGAUCAUGCUGAUAACUAUGUUCUGUUGUCCAAUAUGUAUGCUGCUAUGGGGAAAACACAGUAUGAAUAUAAGUACAGGAAAAUGAUUACAGAUUUAGGUUUGAAGACGAGGAAGGCAUGUAGUUGGAUUAAAAUACGGAAUAAGGUGCACGCCUUUGGGGUUGGGGAUGUUUCUCACCCUAGAUCAGAGAGGAUCUACUGGGAAUUGCAGAGUUUAAUGAAAAAGAUGGAAGGGACUGGUUAUAAGCGUAAGAGCGACUUUUCCUUCCAUGAUGCGGACGAAGAGAGGGAAACCAUUCUUGUUGGCCACAGUGAGAUGCUGGCCAUAGGAUUUGGGCUAAUCAGUACAUCAGAAGGGGUAACUAUUCGCAUCACCAAGAACCAUAGAGUUUGUGCAGAUUGCCAUGCAGCUGCAAAGAUGAUGUCAAAGAUUUUGAAUCGAGAGAUCGUGCUCAAGGAUCCUCAAUGUUUUCACCAUUUUGUUGACGGUUCUUGUUCAUGCAGUGAUUUUUGGUGACCUGAGUUAACAUCAAAAGCUUCCAUGACGGUUCUUCAUCGCGAAGCAGUUUUUUGAUGAGUUGGGUUACAUAAAAAGGUUUACAUGGUUAAUAAUUCAAUCAGCAAUUGCAUAUAUUCCGGAAGGAAUUUUUUGUGCUGGCAUCGAAGCUGGUGUGGAUCAUGGAGAUGUCUGAAUAGAUAGGAAAAAGCUCAUGGAUGGUCAGGGGAAAACAAGUGAACCAUGGUCUUCAAACUUCACAAGCCCUUGCAGAAUUUGACGCAGAUAGCAAUGUAGCUGGCUUCAAGGGACGUUGUUGGUCGAGCAAACGAGCGUGUAAAAGGCAGUCGCCUGUUCGGUAGCCAUGGAUGCCACUGAAGCAGAAGGGUGUACGGUAGCCUACUCAGGCCCCACCUCAAAGGAGGUGGAAUGCAUUUUAGGCGGUGCGGUGACCUCCCGCUCACCGGGAGAUAUGAACGUACCUGGCUGCUUGGUCGGCUCAACUUCUGAUUUCAUGGAUUUCAGUCUUCGGUUCUGUUUUUUCCCAUUCAAUUUAUACCAAAGCGUCACAUUAGU